AUGUCGCACGAUACCAAGGUCCAGCAGCACGGUGAAAACCAUGACAUUCCCCACGAGCACCAGGUCUCAAGACCCGGAGCAUGGCUGCCCACCGAUCACCGCACUCACCACGAGUGGCUCGGCGAGCAGGUCAAGAAUGCCCACAAGAACAAGAAGCCGUUGAUCCCUGUUCUCCAAGAAUUCAAGGAGUUUAUUGAGGGCAACCCCAGAAUCUACAUGUACUUCACUGCCAUGUUCGAAGAAGUCCCCUACAAGCACGUCUACCGCAGAGAUCCUACCGGUCGCAAGCAGAUCCGUGACUAUGAGCACAUGCUCGAGGUCCUCAACCACGUCUUCGGCUCAGCCCCCGUUUGGACUGACUCUGCCCAAGCCGUCGGUAUGGUCGGUGUCCCCAUGUGUGCUAUCCUGGAUUACCCCAUGUCCACUCCCUCUGGUCACGCCGCCUUCCUCGACCCCGAUGUCAACAAGAUGAUCAAGAAGGUCCUCAAUGAGUGGGGCAAGUUCCUCCAGUCCCCUGAGUCUGCUGGUGUGCUCCACGAGGGCAAGACCGGUUGGUUCGGCGAGACCGGUACCUCAGACAUGAUGUCUGUUGCCAAUGCCCCUUACAAGACCAACCACAAGUUCGAGGACUUCUUCGUCUGUGACACCAGCAAGAAGCACUACGGUUACACUUCGUGGGACAACUUCUUCACCAGACACUUCAAGGACGAGGUCCGUCCUGUCGACAGCCCUGACGACGACAACGUCAUCAACAACGCCUGUGAGAGCAAGGUCUUCCAGGUUCAGGAGCGCGCCAAGCUCAGAGACAAGUUCUGGAUCAAGGGUCAGCCUUACAGUGUCACAGACAUGCUCGCCAACGACCCCCUGGCAGACCAGUUCGCCGACUGCACUGUCUACCAGGCCUUCCUGUCUGCUCUCUCCUACCACCGCUGGCACGCUCCCGUCAGCGGUACCAUCAAGAAGGCCUUCGUGCAAGAUGGCACCUACUUCAGCGAGCCUCUCUUCGAAGGUCUCGGUGACCCCAACACCAAGGAGAUUGACGCACACGGUAUCUCGACUGGUCAAGGUUACCUGAGUGCUCUCGCCACAAGAGCCAUCAUCUUCAUCGAGGCUGACAACCCGGCCAUUGGCCUCAUGGCCUUCAUCGGUAUCGGUAUGGACGAAGUCUCGACUUGCGAGAUUACUGUCAAGGAGGGUGACCACGUCAAGAAGGGCCAGGAGACUGGUAUGUUCCACUUCGGUGGUUCGUCCCACUGCCUGUUGUUCCGCAACGGCGUCAAGCUCAGCGGCUUCCCUCAGCCUGGCAGACAGGAGAACGUCCCUGUUCGCAGCAAGCUCGCCACCGUUCAGUCGAACUAG